GCAUCCGUAUGUAUCAUGGAGCUCCAUCACGCAGCUCGCAGGGAGUGCAGACGACGAGCUCAUCCCCGGCUCACAACACCAUCAGCUACCCGGACUAUUCCUGCUGCUGCGAGUUGGGUUGUUGGAGUGUUGUUCAAACGUUGGUGCUUCGCUCUGUGGCUUGGAUCACCGCAAGCUGGGCUGCAGCUUAACAAGCAGAGGGGAGGUAGCUAUUAAAAAAAGCAGGAGGGGCUGCGGCGAUGGCGGUGUGGAGGAGCGUUCUCGUGGUUGCCCUCAUGGGUUUGCUUGUCAUGGGUAUCCAAGCUGAGCAGCAGCUUGGUUUCAGCCCCGGUGCAAUUUACCCCGAUGCUCAUCGUGUCCUUGCUGCGGCGCCAAACUACUACAUCAGCUAUGGGUCACUGAACGCCGACCGGGCGCCGUGCCCCGCCUCCUCCUCUGGCCGGAGCUACUACACCACCAAUUGCCAGUCGUCCGGGACCCCGCAGCCGUACGUCAGGAGUUGCUCCCAGAUCACUCGUUGUGCCCGCGGCUGAUCCAGGGUUUUCCGUGAAGCUUCGACUUCGCACUGUAUGUUGUUUCGGCUUUUGGGGUUUGGAUGAUUUAGAGGUUUUGAUAUUGAAGUGGCGCUGUUUGCGCGAUCGGUUUUGGAGCUCAAGAUGUCUAUGGUGGAGGAUGCUGUUCUUGCGUCCUUUUAUGCAGAGGAAAAACUGCAUGCCAUGGUGAGGGGCUGAAAGCACAAUGUAGCUUCCUCUUCCUGGUUACUUUAAUGAGUUCAGAGUUAUUCGCUUUGGUUAUGCUGUAGCUUAAUCUUGAGGUAAUGCGCCAUUGUGGGGUAGUUUCUUUGUAAUUUUCGACAGACGGGCGGAGGCGGAGAGGGAGUAGUCUCUACUAUUUGAGCUGAAGUCACUGUUUCUGCAUUGGAGCGCAUCUGUUUCAAUAAACUUGGCCACUGUUAGAGCUCAUGCCGGAGUCAUCUUAUAAGAAGUUCGAUUCCGAGUGUGACGUAGGUUUGGAACAGUAGCAUUUGGAACACGGAUUUAGUCCCGUUGAUAAGGCUUGGUAUUCUUCAUCACCUGUCUCGUCCGUUGUUUUCACACUUCAAGCAUAUUCUUCUUGCUUCACAGUUCAUAUUAAA